ACAUCCCAGACAUUACAGAGGCUGAAGCAGAAGCCAAAGUGGGAGACAAACCAGAAUGGAAAGAGCGGGCGAGGAAGGGAGAGAAGAGAAGCUAUGCAAAAGGUGCCAACAGAUGUACAGUCCCUCUUCGAACGACUCUUCUUCAUGCCGCUUUCACCCUUCCUUCUUCGUCUGCCGUCGCCAUGACGACCAGAAGAGGUACUACGAAUUGGGACCAAACGAUCCUCCCUAUGCUGCCAAGUUCUAUGACUGCUGUGGGGCUGAGGACCCUGAGGCGUCUGGGUGCACCACCAGUUUCCAUGUCUCUUAUGAUGACGAUUAAUGGAGUACCGAUACUGACUACCUCUCUUCCUUGUGUCACCUCAAAUCUUAACUAGAGAUAAAGUAUGUACAAACUUACAUCCAUCUUCGUUACUUGUUUUCAUCUUCAAAUCAGUUUUCUGUCUACAAUUAUGUCGUACAAGUACCUGAUGUUUAUCCUUGAUCUUAAUACUCGGUAUUCUUUGUGAUCC